GAUCGCGUUAGAGCUGCUGUGAGGUCCAUCCAGGCGCACUGAGCUCCGCGGGUCCCGACGACAACGCGGUCAUCUUUUUGGCGUAACAUAACCCCACGACACGAUUUUAAUGCAGCUAUAAACAUUAAUCUCUCUGCGCUUCUGGCGAUCCCGGUGUCUGUGGCCAGGGUCUCAGCAUGGCAGGCUGUGGAGAAGUGGACUGCUCCGUGACUGCCUCGGCUCCCAGCAAGCAGAUGGAGGAAGUAGGAGAUUCUGCAGAACCUUCCGGUUCCACCGCCAUGAACCCGGAGUGUUCCAUCUGCCUCCAGAGCUGCAUCCACCCCGUUCGCCUGCCGUGCCUCCAUGUCUUCUGUUUCCUGUGUGUGAAAGGUGCCUCCUGGCAGAGCAAGCGCUGCGCUCUCUGCCGACAGGAGGUCCCGGAGGACUUCCUGGAGCGGCCGGUCCUCCUGUCGCCCGAAGAGCUGAAAGCGGCGGCUUCCGGGGCGAGCCGGAGCGGGGCGAGCGGGAGCGAUUCCGAUUCCCUCGGAGACCACGCGUGGUACUAUGAGGGGCGCAACGGCUGGUGGCAAUACGACGAGAGGACCAACCGCGAGCUGGAGGAGGCCUUCGCUAAGGACAGGAAAAGCACGGAGAUGCUGAUUGCGGGGUUUCUGUACGUGGCCGACCUGGAGAACAUGGUGCAAUAUCGGCGAAAUGAGCAUGGCCGCAGGCGAAAGAUCAAGCGGGACGUUGUAGAUAUCCCCAAGAAGGGAGUCGCGGGACUGAGGUUGGACCCCGAACCGGUCCCCGUUCUCUCUGUGCCAGUUGUCACCCCAGCUGCGACGGAACGCGUCAGCUCAGCAGACGGGUCGGACACUGGCAGCGGACAACCACAGUCUUCGUUCUUUGGGAUUAUGGCAUCUCUUCCUCCUGUCAGACCGCCGACCCUCCUGGGGCGCCAGCCCACCAGACCCCUUCCUCCCUCGCCGUCAAGCGUGGAAGAGUCGUUCUCCCAGCUCCUAAUCAGCCAGCCAGGGUGUGAGGAGGUGGAAGGAGACGAUGAGCUGCAGAUGUACGAGUGUGCCUCCGGCAGCAGUGACAGCGAGGAGGAGAGGGAGUGCGAGCGGGGGGGAGCGGCAUCGAUACCACGACUCGGGCAAAGACCGUUAAGAGAGCGGCAGCCAGCCAGGAUGCCUCCAGGGGGCGGGCCUUCCAGCGCUGCCGUCAGUCUCCGCUCGCGAAGUCCUGAUGGACAGUGCACCGUAACAGAAGUGUGAGUGACCACGCAGCGGUACCUCCAGCAGAUUACAGGGUGCUUCCACCAGGGGGGCAGUAGUAUGCAUCCCGCAAGGUCCCAUGAAAUGGAAAAAUACCACUUAAUGUGUUGUUUUUUGUGUCAUUGGAUGUAUUUCACCACAUCCAUCAUUUGACAAAACCAUCCUUACUUAUUUUUGUGUGUGGAUGUUCGAGGGUAUCUAGCCAUUUGCUUGUAAUCUUAGUUUUGUAUGGGAUGGUAAACCGACUCUUCCAAACCUGGAGGUCCACAAAGGUAACAAGCAACAGCGGCAAUAAGACGGGUCACUGCGGGGUACUUGGAUGUUAGUUUCAACAUCUACAACAUUAAAAGCAUUUCAGGGGCCUUUUUAACACAUGAAGCGUUAAAGCACGUUUCUGCCAGCAAGGAGACGCUUACGUUGGUGGUGCAUCGCCGUCGGCAGCAGGUUACGUCGUGAAGCACAACAGUCUGCUGUCAGGCCCAAAACAUGUGAUCAACUGCUUGUUGUCCAGACGACCACCUUUUGGUUCUCUAAUCUUUUUAGCUGGUUUCUGAUUGGGUGGAGGGGUCUCUGUCUUUUGAAGUGAUUUUCAAAGUGAAAUUCAGCUUAAUUGUAGCAGCUUAUGCAAAUGUUGCUGAGCAGUAAAACCGUUCACAUCGUCCUGCUUGCUGAUGAGAAGGUUGCAUCAGAAUCUAAUCAUAAUUAAACCGGAGUUAGUGUGUGGGUGUGUGUGUUUUAAUGAUUUAUUUUCCCCUAUUUUAGUCUGAAAGUCUUGUUUUAAUAAUGGCUUGUGUUGCUGUGAGCUCGGUGCUGAAAGACUACGGGCAAAGCCGCCGCAAAGUAUCAAGUUUUAUGUGUAGAGGGAAUCUUUUGGAUAUCCAUUCCUUGUCAAAAUACUCUCCAGAGAGCGAUCAUCACAGACGUGAUGUGUACUUGGACCAUCUCGAGCUUUCCUCACAUGCUGUGUGUUCCCUUUCUUUGCCUCUGCUGCUAUUAUUUUAACUGUCAAACUUUUCACUGUUGAUGUCUUUCCCUCUGAGUUACCCUAACAAACUUUAGUGUGUGUGUCUGUGUGCGCCGUUGCUCUUGUUUUUGUUAACAUAUUAAAUGUCUAAUUUAAAAUCA